AUGUCCCGUUCACUCGAAGGCAAAUUCGCCAUCGUCACCGGUGGCUCCCGGGGAAUCGGCGAAGCCAUCGCCCACAACCUCGCCAGCAAAGGCUGCUCCCUCCUCCUAAACUACACCUCUGACAGCUCCCGCGCACGCACCGAAUCCCUCUGUAGCACCCUCUCCACCACGCACAACAUAACCUGCAUCCCCGUGCAAGCCGACCUCUCGGACCCCACCCCCGCCAUCAGCACCAUCCUCUCCGCCGCCAAAACCCACUUCACCUCGCCUACUACAAACACCCUAACAAUCGACAUCCUAAUCAACAACGCCGGCGUCAGCAAAGACCGCUUCCUCAACGACCCCUCCUCGGGCCCCAUCGACCCCGCCUACUUCAACUGGCACUACACCAUCAACGUGCUCGCCCCGCUGCUCCUCACGCAAGCCUGCGCCGAGUACCUCCCCCGCAAACCCGCGCACAGCGGCCGCAUCAUCAACAUCUCGAGUAUUUCCUCCUCGUUGGGGUUCACGGGCCAGUCGGUGUAUGGGGGUACCAAGGCGGCGUUGGAAGCGAUGACGAGGACGUGGGCGAGGGAGUUGGCGGACGUGGCGACGGUGAAUGCGGUGAAUCCGGGUCCCGUGGUCGGGGAUAUGUAUUUUGCUACGGGUGAGGAGUUUUGGAAGCAGAUGCAGGGGUUUCAGGAUAAUGCGCCGUUGAGUAAGUUGCAGGAUGGGGAGGAGGGGUUGAGUGAGGAGCAGGAGAGGUUGAUUAGGGAGAAGAUGGGAGGUAGGAGACCUGCGUUUACGAGGGAGAUUGCCGGGGUUGUGGGGAUGCUUUGUACGGAGGAUGGGGCGUGGUGUACCGGAAGUGUGGUUUGUGCUAAUGGCGGGUUGAAGUUUACUACUUAG